UAUGGUUCAGUUUUAACAAAAACAAAAGGAAUUUAUUUAGCAUUAUUAGACCAAGGAGCUUGCUUGUUAUUAAAAAAGUUUGUGUUGAGAUAUCAUUUCUGCUCUGAAACGGUCGCUUUCAAAAUGGUUAGAUUUUCAAGAACAGUUGCCCCAGCAAACGACAGGAAUUUAACCAAACAAGAAGGAGAAUGUACAGAUCCUAACUCGAUUACGAAAAACAACAAAAAGUUGUUUGGCGUGUGUCUUAGUAAUGGGGAGUGGAACAUUACAGAUAACUCAACCUGCCUUUGCAAUUAUGGUUAUGAGUUGACGAAUGGAUCUUUCACAUGCAAAGAGUGUCAGAGAGGCUUCUAUAAGGAUUCUGUUAGUUAUUCAAAAUGCGUGCCUUGUCCUGCAAAUUCAGCAUCUGAUACUGGCAGAACUGGUUGCACGUGUAAAGAAGGUUACUACAGAUCAUCUAAUCUGGCAGAUUGUGAAGUCAUGGAAAAAGCACUGAUCAACAUAACCAUGGUCAUCACCAGUGAAAGUUGUGCUGAUGGGAAAUACGACAUAUCUUCAUUACUGAAGAGACUCAAGGAAGUGAUGGAAGAGGCUUUUGCAUGGAGAUUUGCAGGUUUCAAAAGUGUGCAGUUGAAAAGUAGCAUCAGGUGUGAAAGUACAACUUUUUACCUUACACUCAUAAUCGAUUCCAAAGUAAAAGAGCAAGAUGUUAUAAUAGUACUUCGUGAUGCUUCCAGAGAUGGGAAGCUUGGAGACUUCACUGUGAGUGCUGUAAAAAGGACAAGAUUGCAAAUUGACUUCGAAACUGGAACUAAUGAAGCAGACACAAUAACGGCACCCGGCAGUGCCACAGGGAUCACUGUUAGUGUGGUGGUUGGAUCAAUUGCCGCGCUGGCUGUUGCUGCUGGGAUAUUUGUCUUUUUCGUAUGGAAGUGGAGAAAGAACUCAAAUGAAACACGAAGAAGAGAGAGGACAGACAGAGAUACAAUUGAGGAAACAGGGGAUGUUGUUACUGGACUUGAGAUGGCGGAAGCUUCUCAAAGCCACCAGUAUAUGGCAUUGGAUGAGGGGAAUCGGUCACCGGCGAACUGUCCACAACCGAGCCAGUCUGUCACCGAAUACACCUCUAUAUAUUCAUCACCAUGCUGUUGGGAGAUUCCUACAGAGCUUGUGACUCUAGAAAAGGUCGUUGGUGAAGGGGCUUUUGGUCAGGUUGUUAAGGCAACAGUCAUAGGUCUCCAGGGGAAACCAACGAAAACACUUGUGGCUGUUAAGAUGUUGAAAGAUCACGCUUCUGAGUCGGACAGGAAGGACUUGUUGUCCGAACUUCGAUUGAUGAAGGAACUCGAUGCUCAUCCUCAUGUUAUUAAACUUCUGGGAUGUGUCACGAAAUCUGGGCCAUUGAUGGUGUUGAUUGAAUACGUACCCUAUGGAGAUCUACUGGGAUACCUCAGAAAGAGUCGUGGAUUAAAUGAUACUUACUUCGAAGACCCGGAUAUUAAACCACAAAGUAAUCUGACGUCAGAGCAGCUGAUGAAGUUUGCGUGGCAAGUUGCCGAUGGAAUGUCGUAUUUGUCAUCGAUACCAAUUAUCCAUCGAGACCUUGCAGCUCGUAAUGUGUUGGUUGGAAAAGGAGAAACGUGCAAAGUAACAGACUUUGGUAUGGCCAGAGACGUCAAAGAGGAGAGCAUUUAUCAACGGAAGUCUAAGGGACGUCUUCCUGUUAAAUGGACUGCCAUUGAGGCAUUGCUGUACGGAAAAUAUUCUACAAAGAGUGAUGUAUGGAGCUACGGAGUUCUCCUCUAUGAGAUCUUCACGAUUGGUGGUUCACCGUAUCCAGGGAAGGAUGCAAAAAAAAUGGCAAAGUUGCUAGAGAGGGGAUACAGAAUGCCUAAACCACAACAUGUGGAUGAGAAGUUGUAUGACGUAAUGACAAACUGUUGGAACGACGACCCUAACUUGAGACCAUCUUUUGAAAAUCUGAGGAAAGAACUCAAAGAAAUGGAAAACCGGCACAAGGGGCUGAUAAACUUAAGCAAUUACGACGAUCGACUCUACGUUAAUGUUGACGAUCUUGCUGUGUAAGCGUAUGCAUUGUUAUGGAGCAAAGGAUUAAGUGAUAAGUCUUGCAGCCCAAGGAGAUCGUAUGCUAUUUUCUCUGUGUAUUUGAAGUUAACCUUUCAUCCUUUGUUAAUACAAAACAAGCUGUCUAACAGCGAAGGGAAGAACAGUAUAACUUUCCUUUAGUUUCACGUGUAUCUUUUAGUAUUUUUGUCUUGAAAUGACACACGAUUUUUUAGAAAUUUGUUACAAGUGAUAUAAAUUAAAAUUAAUGUUUCAGACUAAAUAUUCAUUUUCGUGUACAGUGUAAAACUGUUGAGGAAUUUAUGAGAAUAAUAGUGUUUUUAUGACAUUUAUUUGACGGCUGUUCUGUGAAUUGCACUCUAAAUCAAAGGAUUGUUAAUUAAGCUAAUGAUUGGACAAAGUCUUUUUCUUUUGUUAUUUAAACAAUUUUUUUUCGCUGAAAUUUUUUAUGUCAGGUUGAUACAUUUUUCUGUGUUGUACAGCAUCGUAAAAAUCAAUAAAUAGUUUCUGUUGGUGACCACGAUGGGGCGUUGAAGUCUUGAGCGGCAUCCACUGUUAGGGAACCCAUUUCCACUUUGAACAAGGCAAGGGUGAAUGGGUAUUCUAGUUCGUGGCAAGAACAACUGGCCAAGAUAACACUGAUCGUCACCGGCCGCUUAAGAUUGCGUAUAGAAAAAUGCAACUGCAUUGGAAUAUAGUUUCCAUGAACAUCAAGAUGAAGCCGAUGAGGAACACCAAUUAUAAGAUAGCGGUCAUUUUUGCUUAUGCGAAGUCUCGGAACAUCAGGAAUACGUCAUAUUCUCUCUUUUAGCAAAUUAACAUCAGUUUUCGGGGAAUUUAUCAGAGAGUUUCGGCUA